GCGAUUUAAAUCGAAACGAUUCGAUUCUAUGUGUGAUCGAGUAGAGAGUCGUUUACAUUACACGAGCACGAGCGAAUGCUCUUGCUCUUUUCCUGCUUAUAUUCGUGUUCAUUUACAAACACACCUUUACAUGUAUCACGAUCAUAAAAAAGAAAGAAUGUACACUGGUAGCAAUUUUCAGUAUUGUCAAGUUGAAGUUAUAUAUUUAGAAAUUAUAGUAUAACUCGCAAUUUUUUACUUCGUUUUAUAAAAAGUAAUGACCAAAACAACAAUUAAUCUUUUUCAUAAAGCAGCUAUAAAUACAUGUUAUUUUUUGCUUUUAUAAAUUGGGAAACAAUAAAUUAAAGAUACUUUUCAAACUUGGUUGUAAUUUUUAUUGGUUAAGUGUAUUUUACAGCGUGUUUGAUUUACACGUGUUUACUUCAUAGUUUCUUGACGAAAUGAUCACUUUUUGAAUAUUAAAUUGAAUUCUAUGAAAUUACGUAAACCAGAAAGCAAUCAUCACAUUCCUUGUUUACAUACCACACACGUAUAAUUGCAGUAUUUCAAUAACAUUCAUUCAUUUUUUAAUGACAACAUGGUUUAUGGUCAAAAACAUAAGAUACUCCUUCAAACUUUUAUGCAUGAAGGUCUUUUAGACGAAAAUAAAGCAAAAGAUUUGGUUAUUCAAUUAUUUGGUAAUGAUAAUGUGUCGGUAAUAGUAAAUCAAAUAAAUGAACAAUUACAGGUUUUAAAUAUGUUAAUUAAAAAAGUACAAUGUGAAAUUACAAGUCAAGUUUAUUGGGUUGUAAUAAGUACUGUGCUUGAUGAAGUAACUAGAUUCCAGACUGAAUUUUCAAAAGCACAAUUGGCAUUACUCAGACAUGUGUUUUCUGAAAUUAUAACAUCAAAUAAUAGAUGUAUACAAAGUACCGUAUGUUUAAACUUAUGUUCUUCUGCAGAUGUAAAAUUAUCAAAAACAGAAGCUGAAGAAUUUUUAGGUGACAUAGUUACAAGAAAAUGGUUGGUUUAUAAGGAUGGGUUCUAUUUUAUAGGUCCAAGAAGUAUAACAGAAUUAAUGCCAUAUUUUAGAGCUACUUAUGAAGAUAAUUUAAGUACUUGUUGCCUUUGUAAACAAGUUAUUUUUUAUGGGAAAAAGUGUGGUAAUUGUGAGAGUUUACUACACUUAUUUUGCUUACAAAGAUAUGCUAUGAUACACAACCCAAUGAAAUGUCCUACUUGUAAUAUUGUUCUUCCAGAUGAUGAAUAAUUUGAUAAUAAUUUUGUUUACUACCUUAAAGUAUUAAUUUCAUAAUUCAUAAUAGAUUAAGAUUUAGGUUAAAUUAAGGUAUAAAUAAAAACGAAGU